UCGAGCGAACGAGAACUGCUCGAGGGCGCUCUCGCGAUACUUUCUUGGCGGCCAUUUUUGUGGCUGCCGCUGAGGGGUCGGUCACCGGGACGGAGAAGGCAGCGGUAGUGAAUAGGACGCGAUGCUCUCCCGCUUGGCGUUGCAAGCUCUGGCCCCAGCAGGCCUGAGGACCUUGGCGCCCUGUUUGUCCGUGGGAGUUGUGCAUGUCUCAAGACCCCUUCACACAUGUCAACAGCGCUUGGCUCCUGUUCCUCCUCUUCCAGAGGGGGGAAAAGUCCGUCAUGGAAUAAUUCCGGAAGAGUUUUUUGAGUUCUUGUACCCUAAAACAGGAGUCACAGGCCCUUAUAUGUUUGGGACUGGACUUCUGCUCUAUCUCCUCUCUAAGGAAAUUUAUGUAAUUAACCAUGAAACGAUGUCAGGUCUCUGUGUUUUGGCACUCAUCAUUUUCUGUGUAAAAAAAUAUGGUUCCACUGUAGCAGCUUUUGCUGACAAAAUCCAACAGGAUGAGCUGAAUGUAAUGGAAUCUGUGAAAAGUCACAACAUGAAUCAACUUGAGGAAGUCAUUCAGCAUGAAAAGAAAGAACAGUGGAGGAUGGAAGGUUUACACUUUCUCUUUGAUGCCAAGCGGACCAAUGUUGCUGUGAUCUUGGAGACCAACUACAGAGAAAGGCUGCUCACUGUGUACUCUGAAGUGAAAAAGCGGCUAGACUACCAACUGGCACUACAGCAUCUGAAGCGUACUAUGGAAAAAGAUCACAUGAUCAGCUGGAUUGAGCGCAAUGUUAAACAGAGUAUUACACUGCAGCAGGAGAAGGAGAGCAUUGCCAAGUGCAUCCUGGACCUGAAGAUGCUGUCAAAGUCUGCACAGGCAACUGUCUGAACAUACAGCACCUACUUGUGACUUCUUAAAUCGUUAUUGUUCUUCAUUAGUAAAACAUCUGAACACAGGCUGUGCACUUUGCAAUAGCUGCAGAAAGUGUUGUAUUCUUUGGGUGUGUUCAGCUUAUGACAGUUUGACUCUCACAUGGCAGUUAAUGCCAGGAAGUAGAAUGAAUAAAAUUGUUUCUUACCUCA